GUUUGCCCAGCAGCCGAAAGAAGGCGGGAGCCGGCGGGGGCCCUCGAAACCCUCUGGCAACCCGGGCCCGGAGUCCCCGGGGAGCUGCCCAUUCCUGGGACGCUGUCCCGAACGCCCCCGCCGAAGGGUAACAGUUCCGGGCCCCCGGCAGGAGGAGCCUCCAGGUGACCCCCGGCGGGGCCCUGCGAGCCGCGGGAGUCAACCCCGGGGCCUGGAGCCGGGAGGAAGGGGCUUUCCGGAGACGCGGGGCCGGGGGCCGUAGGAUCGGAGCGCGGCGGAGCGGAGCCGGGCCUCCUGGGCACGGGGCAAGGCAGCGCCUGCUCUGGAGACGGACUCUGGGACCCUCGGGUGCGGGGGCCUCAGCCACUGCCCCGCGGGGAGCGCGGCCGCGGAGUGGCCUACAGGGGAGCCUGCCCCGGAGAGGCCGUCCCGGGACGGGGAGAUGAACGGCUUCAGCACGGAGGAGGACAGCCGCGAAGGGCCCCCCGCCGCCCCCGCCGCCGCCCCGGGCUACGGCCAGAGCUGCUGCCUCAUCGAGGACGGCGAGCGCUGCGUCCGGCCGGCGGGCAACGCCUCCUUCAGCAAGAGGGUCCAGAAGAGCAUCUCGCAGAAGAAACUCAAGCUGGACAUCGACAAGAGCGUAAGGCACCUGUAUAUCUGCGACUUCCACAAAAAUUUCAUCCAAAGUGUACGAAAUAAAAGGAAGAGGAAGACAAGUGACGAUGGUGGAGAUUCUCCUGAGCACGACACUGACAUUCCUGAGGUUGAUCUGUUCCAGCUACAGGUGAACACUCUACGACGUUAUAAACGACACUACAAAUUGCAGACCAGACCAGGCUUCAAUAAGGCCCAGUUAGCAGAAACUGUCAGUCGACACUUCAGGAACAUACCUGUGAAUGAAAAAGAGACCCUUGCCUACUUCAUCUACAUGGUGAAGACUAACAAGAGUAGACUGGACCAGAAAUCAGAGGGCGGCAAGCAACUUGAAUGAGAUGAAGCACAUCUUCCAGGAAUGAAGUAUAAUGCUUAAUGCACAGUGAAGCCUGGGGAAACUCCCCCUUCGGCCAGAUGAUGUGUGUGCUUGAUCGCAUGCCGUCCUUCCUCUAGAGAGAGCUACUUUUGGAAAGUGGACAUUGUGGGUGUCUUUUUCACCUUUGAAGACAAGUCAGGUGAGAGAAAAGAUAAAGCUGUUCAAACUUACUUCUGUCCUGUGUGCAGAAGUCUGCUCUGUCAUCAGACCACUAAACCACUUGCCUUAGUCUCCUCUGCAGUUUCCGUGGCUUGAUCAUGGGCAGGAGGCUGCCUGUGCAAAUGGCCAGGCCUUCCAACGCAGCUGGGUCUGGCUUCAGGGAGCAGUGAGUUUGAGAAAGCAGUGUUCAUCUUGGCUGCCUGCAUCUUUAUGCCACCUGCCAAGGACUCUUGCGCUUCUCUCCACCUGUGACAUCGCAGCAUUGCCUUCUCUCCUCUUGGUGCUCCUGGGCAAAACUGGAAUUUGAAAUAGAACUCAUGUUGUACAGUUCCUGCCUCAGUUCGGGCCUGGUGUGGUUCUUCACAUGCCCUGAAGGUUGUCACAUGGAAAUGCCAAUAUCCUGCUAUUUAUGUUGCUUCCUUUUAAGGUUUUUUAAAAAAAACAAACUUCUUAUUUCAACAAACAAACUCUUGUGUUGGCAACGGCACCUGAAAAUGAUCACAACUGAAUCCCAUGAAACAUUAAAACUAAGGAUUCAAGACUGGUGGUGUAAAAUGAAGAGGAAUUUCACUUAUGUGUUACAGCCUCCAAGUUGCUGGAUGUUCCUGUCAUGGCAAAAUAUUCACUGCUCGCCUUCCAGAGACAGAUAUUAAUGACUGCUUGCAGUUGGAAUGUUGCCUCUAACCUUGGCAUUUCAGCUGUUUAUUUUGUGGGUACUUUUUUGUUAAUAGCCUACAGGACAACUGCCCGGUGGAAGGGAGAAGGCAGGGAAAGAAGCUUACUCUGGGGGCCUGGUUUACUGAAAUAGGCUGUCCCAACCCAGAGUAUUUGCUGCACAGAAACCAUCUGAAGGCGCUCAGUCAUUACAAUGACAAGAUCUAAAAGUUGGGAAAGGGGCUUUAAGUCAUCCCAUCCAGUCUCCAUGGGUGCUGACAUUCUGCCUGUAGCCGUCCCACCAAGGGUUUGAGCAGUCUGGGCUUAAACACCCUGAGGACAGAGAACUCACUACCUCCUGGGGGUAUCUGGUUCUAUCUUUGUAAACCUCUGGCUUUUCUAUGUUCUCUGUAACUUCCAUCUGAGUCUGUCCAGUGGGAAUCACAUGGAAGAAGUUGCUCAUCUUGGCCCAGGACCUUAUUGCUAGCACGCUCUGUCCGGGGCAUAGCAGUUGUCUUUUGAAAAGGUGCAGCUAGCAAAUAGACACUGGUGUCCUAACUCCAUCCCCCUGAGUAUUGGUGCAUUUAGCUCCUUGUUGGAGAAUGUUGAGGAAACCCCAUCCAUCAGCCUGGUUGCACUCACUUGUUCUUGCUGAAGGGUGUCAGCAGAGGCGGGGAUACUAUUGGCCUGAUGAAAAAAACCCAAGACAGAGGAUGCCUUAGUUCUGUUCGUCCCACAAAAACUGACACUUAUGUCACUUAGGAAAAACCUUAGCUAGAAAGGUUGCUGUGUGUGGAGUUUAAAGUUUCCAUGGCUGCUGAAGGCUUGCACCUUAAGAUUCCUGCAAGUACCUCACACAGCGUUUUUACCAAGAAAACAGCUUAGGAACUUGGGGGAGUGGGGGGACCACAUGCCUCAGUGUCAGAGAAGUGCCAUAUUUUCGAGCUAGAAAGUCCUAUAUGAAUUAUCCAAUUCACUUUUAGAGAUGGGGAAGCUAAAAUUCAAAGUCUUGCCUGAGUCACAUGCCUUCUCUGGACUAACCUCUCAUCCUGCAGCAUGACUCAGUCUAAAGUUACCUGCCUCAGGUUCCUGAGACCUUGCAACUGAGCAGAGGUUCCCAAGACCAACCUGCAGAACUCAAGGUUGAGUGAAUGAUCAGGAAAGCAAUCAGCUGAGUUUCGCAAAACGAAUGGGAGGGACAAACAGAACUAGCCUAUACUUUAACAAGACUAGGGUUCAGAAGUCCUGGCGGGAGGUUUAGUGUUGUCCUAGAAUCUAAAUUCUCAUGAAGUGGUCUUGCUCUAUUAUCUGUUGGUCAGACUUCUGCCUUUCGGGCUGUGCUCAGAGCUUGUAUGAUUCAGUUGGCCCUGAAUGGACAGACACAGCUCUGUGGCCUUGUGAUUUGCAGCCUUCCAGCCUCUGACUGAACUAGAUAGUUGACCUGAAGGACAGGUGAGCUCAAGAACAUGCCCUGGGAAGCAUGGUGCUUUAGGGGUGCCUUUUUAUUCCUUUCAUUUUAUUACCGACUUUCCAAGUUUCUGGUUAGGAAAGGUAAAGGUGAUCUGAUGUUUUCAGGUAGACUGGGGCAAGGUGGGACCUUUUCUUAAGGUAGAAAUGUCUACAGUCAGUUAUUUCACCUAGCUUGCAUCUUAAACACAAACCCUUCCGUUGCUUUCAUUCAAUGAAUACAUCUUUGCCAAUGACAGGGUUGUACGGGAUCCCUGUUUUACAUUUCCGUUAUCCGUUAUGCCCAUCAGAGUGUUGGGGGGUGGGGGGGUUCUUUCCAUUUUGUAACUGCCUUAUUGAAAAGCAAGUGCCCUUCCAUUUCAGGCCUCUUCAUAUUGUACAUGUUUCCUGCCAAACGUGGGGGAUCAUUUGUAUUUUAAUUUUGUAGCCUACGGCUCUGUACUGUUGAAAGACUCUGUGGGGUCUCCUUAGUAAUGUAUGUGACUUUUCAUGUUGCAAUAUCACACAGAUGGGACAGCCCGACUUUCGCUCUUAAUAAACGGUCUG